AUGCCACUUAGCAGGUUGUUCGCCAACCUUUGGAAGGAUGCGGGAGCAUUUCGGAGGCCAAAGGGCAUCACCCUGAAUUCAAACAGUCCAACUGGGACACUGCCUGUUUCGAGAUGUAGUGACUUCUGUCAGCCUGGUUAUCAGAAAAGAAAGAAAGAAGGGGAGCAGUUUUGCUGCCAUGAAUGUGCUCCUUGUCCAGAAGGGAAGAUUUCAGCCCAGAAGGACAUGGAUGACUGUUCUAAAUGUCCAGAUGAUCAAUAUCCCAGCAAGGAACAAGACCAAUGUAUUUCCAAGACAAUCACCUUUCUGUCCUAUGAAGAACCAAUAGGGACCUGUUUGGCUUCAACUGCUAUUUCUUUGUCUCUGAUCACAGUUUGGAUAUUAAUAACAUUUGUUAAGCACAAAGAUACUCCCAUAGUCAAAGCCAACAACCAGGAUCUCACCUAUGCUCUCCUCAUCUCUCUCCUGCUUUGCUUCCUCUGUUCCUUCCUCUUCCUUGGAAGACCAAGAAAAGUGACCUGCAUCUUCCGUCAAUCUGCUUUUGGCAUCAUCUUCUCAAUGGCAGUUUCUUGCAUCUUGGCCAAAACCAUCACUGUGGUUGUAGCUUUCAUGGCCACCAAACCAGGGUCCAGCAUGAGGAGGUGGGUGGGGAAGAGACUCACCAUCUCCAUUGUUCUUUCCUGCUCUAUUAUCCAAAUCUCUAUUUGUACAGUGUGGCUAGUGAUCACUCCCCCCUUCCCAGAUUUGGACACAAAGUCAAUGACUGAAGAGAUCAUAGCAGAAUGCAAUGAGGGGUCUACCAUUAUGUUUUAUAUGGUCCUGGGCUACAUGGGACUUCUGUCCUCCAUAAGCUUCACUGUGGCUUUCUUUGCCCGGAAGUUGCCAGGAACUUUUAAUGAAGCCCAGUGUAUCACCUUCAGCAUGCUAAUGUUUUGCAGUGUUUGGUUGUGUUUUAUUCCAGCCUACCUGAGCACUAAAGGUAAAUACAUUGUCGUGGUAGAAAUUUUCUCUAUCUUGGCUUCCAGUGCUGGGUUACUGUGUUGUAUCUUUUUCCCCAAAGUGUACAUUAUUGUUCUCAGGCCUGAGUUGAACAAGAGAGAACAAGUAAUAGCAAGAAAGUAUUAA